GGCUGGUGGCCAUGGCUCACGACAAAGAGCCCGAGGUGGCCCUGGAGGUUCUGGAGCUGCUGACGGAGAUGGACAGGGCUCUGGAGGAGGCGCUGUCGGCCGAGGAUUGCCGGAGCGUUUUCCCCGUGGUUUUCGUCUCCAGCCGCGCCCUGGCCACGGCGGCCGGGAAAUUCCUGUUCCACAGGCUCCUGGAUCCGCAGCGCCGCGGGAACGGCCCCGGGGACAAUCGGAGCUUCUUCCUCAGCCUCGUCGGCUUCUUCCUGGAAUCCGGGCUGCACGAGCACGGCGCGUACCUGGUGGAUUCCCUGUGGGAUUGCGCCGGGAGCCGCCUGCGGGACUGGGACACGGCAACAGGGAUGUUACUGGGGAACGGUGAGAGUUAUACUGGGAUAAACUGGGAUAAACUGGGAAUGGGACUGGGACACGGCGAUAGGGAUGUUACUGGGGAACGGUGAGUGGGAAACUGGUUUAUACUGGGAUAAACUGGGAUUGAACUGGGACACGGCGAUAGGAAUGUUACUGGGGAACGGUGAGAGUUAUACUGGUUUAUACUGGG